ACCAAAAUUGAUAACAUGCUCAUUUUUCCCAAUUAAACUUAGAAUUAAAAAUGCUAUAAAACGGCAACAUUUCAAAGCUUGACAAUAAAUUGUUAUAUACUCGUAUAGUGCCUUUAAAAUAAAAAAUGACUUCGAAUGUAACAAGUUCUGAUGUAAAAUCUCGAAAUAAUUCUGAAUUAAAAAAUAAUAAUUAUAUAAAAAAUAAGAAGAUGCAACAAAAACAGAAGAAUCCAAAUAAUUCAGAACUUAAGCAUUUACCGGAAUGGCCACCAAUUAAUAUAGAUUUCAAUGAUUUAUAUUACACGGUACCUUCAUCCUUUGAAAAAGGAAAUAAAACUAUAAUUAAUAACGUUAGCGGACAAUUCCGAUCAAAUGAAUUAACAGCGAUAUUAGGACCAUCUGGAUGUGGAAAAACUACCUUAUUGAAUCUAUUAGCAGAAUACAAAACUAAACCAAAUUCAGGAGAAAUUAAUAUAAAUGGAAAACCACGUCAAACAAAAAUAUUUCGUAAAAUGUCACGUUUUAUAAUGCAACAUGAAGAAUUAGAUGAAUUUGUAACAGUUAGGGAAGCUAUGAUGUUAUCAGCUAAUUUAAAAUUAGGAAGUAAAUUAUCUAUAGAAGAAAAAAAUAGAAUUAUAGAUGAAAUAUUAGUAAAUCUUCGUUUAAGUAAAGCAGAAAAUACUCUUGGUACAAGAUUAUCAGGAGGUGAAAAGAAAAGACUUUCAAUUGCAAUGGAAUUAGUUGAUAAUCCACCUGUGAUAUUUUUAGAUGAACCAACAACUGGUUUAGAUGAUCUUUCUUCUUCUCAAUGUAUAACUUUAUUAAGGAGAAUAGCACAUGCUGGUAGAACAGUAAUAUGUUCAAUUCAUACGCCAUCAGCAAAAAUUUUUCAAUCAUUUGAUAAUAUUUAUGUUUUAAGUCAAGGGCAAUGUAUUUAUCAAGGUCUCAGCAGUAAUGUAUUGCCAUAUCUUGAAAAUAUUGGAUUACCUUGCCCAAGAACAUAUAAUCCAGCAGAUUUCAUAAUUGAAGUAUCAUGUGGAGAAUAUGGUUUCGAUCAUAUAGAUAAAAUGAUAACUAUAGUACAGAAUGGAAAACUUCGAUGGUCACCAAAUUCGUCGGCAAAUGAAAUUCAUGAUCAAUAUAAAAAUUUGGAAAAAUUUGAAAUGGAAAUUAAUCAAAGCUCAUUAAGUAGCCAAUCUGGUUGGUGGGAACAAUUUUUCAUAUUACUACAAAGAAUGUUAGUUCGAAUGUGGCGUGAUAAGAGUUAUAUGAAAUUAAAAUUUGGAAUGCAACUAACUUUAGGUUUAUUAUUGGGUUGUCUAUAUGAAGGUAGUGGUACGGAUGCAACAAAAGCAUUAUUCAAUUAUGGAUUAGCUUUUGCUAUUAUGAUCUCUUUUGUUUAUUUACCGAUGAUGCCGGUUUUAGCUGCCUUUCCUGCAGAAUUUCAUUUAUUAAAAAGGGAACAUUUUAAUCAAUGGUAUAAAUUGGGACCUUAUUAUUUAGCUUUAAUAGUAGCUCGAAUUCCAUUUAUGUUAUUGAUUGCUACAAUAUAUUUAACAAUAAUUUAUGUUAUGUCAAGUCAACCAUUAGAAUUAUGGAGAUUUGGAAAAAUGUUUUCUGUUGCAAUACUUACUGGAUUAGUAUCAGAUAGUUAUGGUUAUGUUAUUGGAUCAAGAUUUAAUAUGGUGAAUGGUCAGUUUAUUGGACCAGCUAGUGUUGCUCCUAUGAUUAUAUUAGCUGGCUAUGGUUUUGGUUUUGGCAUUAAAGAAGUACCAUUCUAUAUAACAAUUUUAAUGAAUACAAGUUAUUUACGGCAUAGUAUAUUGGGUAUAAUGGCAGCAUUAUAUGAAAAUCGUCCGGAUUCAAUAUGUCCAGAUGAAGAAACUAUAUGUUUAUUUAGAAAAUCAAAAACUUUAUUAAAAAUUAUUGGUUUAGAAGAAGCAUACUAUUUGACAUCAAUUUAUGCAUUAAUUUGUUUUUAUAUAGUAUUUACUGUGACAGCUUAUUGGUUAAUAAAAACACGUUUAAAUUCCAGUUCUAAAAAGAACCAAAUAGUACAAUAUGUUGAACAAUUUUUGAAAAAAUAUUUUAAUUUUACAUCAAAUAGAUAUUGAAUUUUAUUAUGUAAAUUUUACAUUUAAAUAUUGGUUAUUGGUUGGUUAAAAAAUUUAUUUAGUAGAUUUUUUUUUUUUGAAUUUUAU